CUUCUGCAAGAUGCUAAUGUAAAUUAUUUAUGAAUUAAUACUGAGAUAAUAGAAUAUUGUCUCUUCACUAUAAUCAUGGCAAUUUAAACUAAAUUGUUGCUAACUUCACUAAUUAAAAAAAUAAUAAUAAUACAUUAAUUAAUAAAAAAUAUAUUUCUACUUGUAUUUUAUGAUUCAAGUUUGCUUUUCAGAUGUCACAAUUUAUUGAUGCCCUAAAUUGCCAUCCAAAAAAUUGAUUUCAUGUGAUCUGAUCACCUCCACUGUUACUGUCAGUCAUGUUAUGACAAAGUGGAAGUAGUUGGAACAACUGUAACUCAUCCACAAAGUGAUGGGCUCCAUAAACUAACAAAGCAGGAGCACAUCAACAAUUGCAAUAUAAGGAGUAGUUAGAUGCACAGAUUCAAAGCACAUCACUACUAAAUUUUUGGGCAAUGGAGACGAGUCCAAUUUCUUCUUCUGCAAACUUGAUUGGCAGCGCUGGUGUUGGUAGUUGUCAGCAGAAGAGCACCUGCCUGAUUGCAUUAAGCCAAGUGUGAAGUUAAGAUGGGAGUACUACGAUGUGGGGCUGCAUUUAAAAGAUGGCUUACCCCCUUUAGUUCAAGUACUGUAAAUAAGAAAAACACUUACAAAAUUUUUCCCUUGAAAAUCCAGGCUCAUUUUGUUAAUUUCUAGUGUCCCUUACAGUAGGGGUUACCAAACAGUGUAGUAUAAUGUUCUAUUAAUGUUUUAUUAUUUUAAUGUGAAAAAACUACAGUGGGCUGAAUUUUAUGAAACUAAAAUGUGAAUGGAUUUGCCACUAAUUCUUGUUUACUUGUUUUUUGUACAUAUAUUUAAUUUACACUGGAUUAUCUUGCAAGAAAUACAAGGAAUAUGGGAAAUCUUCACCUGCACUGUUCAAUUCCAGGUAUUUACCUCUGAGUCAUUUAACCAUGCGUCAAUAUGUGACAAAUCGGGUGUUGCUGAGUCACACUGUUGAAGUUUUGGCAAAGGUUUUAUUUUAAGGUCAGAGUUCAAAAUAAACAAAUAUUGACUAUGAAUUGUAUCAGCAGACUCUAAUUAUGAUAUAGCGACUUGUACCUAAGUGAGUCGUUUCAACCCGACUUACAAAUGUGAGUUUUGAACAUAAAUAUAUCUAGAAGUCAUUUACAGAAUACAUCAAAAUUCAUGAACAAAUAAAAGUAAAAAUAAGUGAACGAAUAAAAGUAAAAAAGACCAAAAAAGAAAAAAAAGCCCAAAGGACUUUAAACACAUACAUUUCUUUUGAACCUGCUUGUUAAAAUUAAAUUGUCAAAUCAAUGUUUUCCAGAAAACGUUCAUCUUGAACAAUAAAAAAUAGAAACUUUAUUGCAAUGAAGCAUCCUUGUUAAGUAAUCUGGUGGACAACUUACGUAGAUUUUUUUUGUUAAAAAGGAGAUUUAAAUUCAGAAAUUUAAACAGGUUCUACUUUGUUAAACUUUUUUUUUUUAGUAGAUGGUAUAUUGGACUAUUUUUCCCCACUUUUUUUCAUUCUUGUUUGGAUACUGUGUUUAAAUAAAGUUUUUUACAAAACACGUGAUCAACACUGUCAUGGCGGCGCCCUCGUGCAUUGCGUGGUUGUUAACAGUUGUGCGUGUAUUUUGAUACUUGAUAACGCUCCGUCGAGUCAAGAUCUCAGGUUCACUCUCCACCUUGAUUAUCAAAGAUAAUUCACAUUUAUUAAAACUGUUGAAAGUAAGAAAAAUGAAGACAAAGAAAGUGAAAGCCCCAAACAAAAGCCGCUCGUUUGGGUUGAAGAAACAGAGCAUCCGCGCCAAAGGAACGUGGAAAGCGGUCGAGAUAGAUCCCAGCGUGUUCGCGGAACAGGGCCUGGAGGGUCUGGUGUGUUUCGAGGAGCUGACGGAUUAUCGCAUGAUAGACAGCGAGAAAGCUGCAGCCCAGGCAGCUAAGCAACUUAAACGAGAUAAGAAGAUGGCCAAGAAAAGAAAAGUCGAAGAUGAAGGCAAAGAUGGAGAAACUACGUCUACAGAACCAGCGAAGAAGAAAGCAAAGAAGAAGAGGAAGAAGAAGAAGAAAGUGUCUCCAAAGGAAUCUGUGGAAUCAGAAAACGGUGAUGCAGCAGAAGAUGACAAGCCUGCGGGUGAAGAUGGUACCCAAGACCCGAGUGAUCUCGGUGAACAAGAACAGACUAAAAAAAUUAGGAAAAAGAAAUUGAAGACCCACACAGAUGAUGCCACGGAGGAGCAACCAAAGCUGGAUUCUCCAUCUGAAAAAGAAGGUUCUAGUCAAGAUAACAAGGCAAAGCCCACUAAAAAGCAGACAAAGAACUGGACCGCUGCAGCACUUUGUGGUUCUGAUGACAAACAGUCUGAUGUGAGCGCCUGGAAGGACCUGUUUGUCCCUUCUUCAGUGCUAAAAGCUCUCAGCAGCCUGGGAUUUGAGUCACCAACACCCAUUCAGGCCCUAGCUUUACCCCCAGCCAUCAGAGAUCAGAUGGAUAUUCUGGGUGCAGCUGAGACAGGAAGUGGAAAGACGUUAGCUUUUGGUAUUCCCAUGAUCCACACCAUCUUAGAAUGGAAGAGCAACACAGAGGAAAAUCUUCACAACAACAUGGACAAACCCCCCUCAAAUGUGCUGAGUUUAUACUUACCAUCAGUGGAAGAGUCUGUAAAAUCAGAAGAAGAGUCCACAGCAGAGGGGAACCUGGAUGGGAGUGUGGAGGCUUCAGACGAGGAAGAAAACGUGGAAAAAGACGGCUGUGAGGAUCAAGACGAGAAAACUGGAAGCAUGAUUAAAAAUACUGAAGAACAACUGGCUGGUGUCCGGUCUCGACCUCUCCUGGGACUGGUUCUGACUCCCACCAGAGAGCUGGCUGUUCAAGUCAAACACCACAUUGAUGCCGUCACAAAAUUCACCGACAUCAAGACAGCCAUUGUGGUGGGGGGGAUGGCCCAGCAGAAACAAAAGAGGAUGCUGAAACGCUGCCCAGAGAUCAUUAUCGCCACUCCUGGACGUUUGUGGGAUUUGAUCAAGGAGAAGCAUCCUCACCUUCUCAACCUCAGACACCUCCGGUGUUUGGUGAUCGAUGAAGCCGAUCGCAUGGUGGAAAGAGGACACUUUGCAGAGCUGGAGAACCUGCUGGAGAUGCUCAACACCACACACUUCAACCCCAAACGGCAGACGUUCGUCUUCUCUGCCACUCUGACGCUGACCCACAGCCUGCCCAGCCGCCUCCUUCAGAAGAAGAAGAACUUGGAGAAGAGGAGCAAACUGGACAUUCUCAUAGAGAAAGUAGGAAUCAAGUCCAAACCGAAAGUCAUCGACCUCACCAGGAAAGAGGCAACCGUGGAGACCCUGACUGAGACUCAGAUCCACUGUCAGAAGGAUGAGAAGGACUUCUACCUCUAUUACUUCUUGCUCCAGUAUCCUGGCCGCACCAUGGUUUUUGCCAACAGCAUCGAUUGCAUCAAAAGACUGAACUCUUUGCUGGUUAUCCUGGACUGUAAUCCACUGCCUCUACAUGCUAACAUGCACCAGAAACAGCGACUCAAAAACCUGGAGAGGUUUGCAGAAAGAGAAAGUGCUGUCCUGCUAACGACUGAUGUGGCAGCAAGAGGUCUGGACAUCCCCGAUGUGCAGCACGUUAUUCACUACCAGGUUCCAAGAACAUCAGAGACUUACGUCCAUCGGAGCGGCAGAACGGCAAGAGCAACCAAAGAGGGUCUAAGUUUGCUGUUAGUCGGCCCCGACGACAUGAUUAAUUUCAGGAAAAUAUACAAAACUCUUGAAAAAGAUGAGGAGCUUCCAAUGUUCCCUUUUGAGACCAAAUGCUUAGACGCCAUCAAGGAGAGAGUAAAUCUGGCCAGAAAAAUAGAAAAGAUCGAGUUCUAUAACAGCAGAGAAAAGCAGCAUGAUUCCUGGUUCAAACAGGCAGCAGAGGCUCUGGAAGUGGACCUGGAUGAUGAUCUCUUACUUGGCGGAGCAAAAGAUGAAGAUGCUGAGAGGGAGCAACAAAAGAUGGUGAAAGGGAUGAAAAAGCAUUUAAAGCACCUGAUAUCCCAGCCCAUAUUCAAGCACGCAAUGAAGACCAAGUACCCAACUCAAAUGGGCAAGCUGCCUCUCCACCACAUGCCCCACGCCACCAUGGAAAGCGCCCUAACGAGGGUUUCAGUUCAGAAGAAAAACCAGGAGGCAAAACGAGGCUUUUCACAGCAGUGCAAACAACAGCGGCAAAGGAAAGGAAAGCAGUGACUCUGAAAUUCAAGUUUGUGUCUUUAAGCUUUAAAAAAAAAUUAAAAGCAUAAUUAAUGCAAAUGUAAUUGCAUUUUUGAGAAAUAGUUGUACAUUGCAAUAUUUUAGAGAAUUUUUAUUCCCUUAACACGAUGGAUUUCAUCUGUGGCAUUUGAGAAAACAUAAAACAAACAUGACUUCUUUUUUUAUUGAAGUUAGUUGCUUACUUUAAACACAACUUAAUAAAAAAUUACAAAUCAAGAAAGUUAUGUCAAACAUUUUCUCCUUAAUGGUGCAUUACCCCAAAUGUCCAGCAGAGGGAGACAUUUAUAUAAAAAAAGCAAAUUCUGAUUUUUUUUUAAUAAAAUGACACCACCCUGAAUUGAUUUGUCCUUUGCAAGUUAAUGAUUAAUCAUUACAUUCUAUGACUAAUUCCUUAUUUUCUAACUACUAAAAGACUAUAUAGUAUAUAUAACAGAACAUAUAACAUCAAUAAUUUCCCAAAGUAAAAACUUAAUAUGAACAUUUUAUGAAACUACUUAUGAAUCCACUGUGUUCUGAUCAUGAAAACUUGGAUAGUUAAUAAAAGUAACCUUUUUUUAAACAUGCAUUUAAACGCAAUGCAUUGUGGUUGAUAUUUAACAAUCUAGUUAGCGCACUAAUCUACAGUUUUUUGCAGAGAACUCUGGGCAAUUGCUAAGGAACUGGAUUUUGGACCUCUAGAUUCAGACAACUCUAAAAAAAA